AUGCAAACAGAAGGACGCACUUUUAGUUCACCUGUUCACACACACGCUCACACCAACACCAACACCAACACCAACACCAACACAGACGCAAAGAAGCGACGGACAGAGGCGAUAACAGGUUCUGGUCUCUGGAGCCAAUCGCGACUGGCCAGGCCGGGCCAAGCUAAUGUUGACUGCAUUCCGGUCCAGUCGAGGUCAGGCAGAGCCGGGCAACCAGACAAUCGGGUCUCGUCGGGCCAUUUGUGUGUGUGUGUGUGUGUGUGUGCCUGUGCAGGGGAGAAGGGGAAGCGGGAAGAAGGGAGAGUAAUUAUGGUGGCAUGCAAGUUACGAUGCCAACAGUGUCUAAUUGCCGGUCGGUCUUGUCUGCAUGGCAUAAGAAUGCACUUUAAGACGCGGCCUGUUGACGAAAUUGAGACAGUCUGUGCAUUCACGUGGCCCGGUUAUUUGUUGCCUCGGUCCGGUUGCGUGGGUAACAACAUGUUUGGCAUGACGCGGAUGAAAGGUGGCAUCGAUCGCUGCCGCAUUGACCGAGAGAGGAGAGAGCAAAUAGGAGACCGGCGACAGGAGGCCGGUUGGAAAAUUGGCAAGAGCACAUGA